AAACCAAGAAGUCAAGAACGUACAAAGCUUCUUUCCAGAUAGAUAUGGCUCAAAACAAUAUUUUUCUCUUCUCCCUUCUCAUAACACUUGCAGGCAUUCACGCCGCGGAUGCAGUCGACUAUGCAGUCACCAACACCGCUGGAUCUAGUGCCGGUGCCGUCCGAUUUAACAACGACAUCGGAGCAGACUAUAGCUUGCAAACCCUAGCCUCUGCGGCAGACUUCAUAUGGAAAGUCUUCCAACAAAGCACAGCUGCAGAUAGAAAGAGCGUAGACAAAGUCAGCUUGUUCAUCGACAAUAUGGACGGCGUGGCGUAUGCUUCCGGCGGUGAGAUUCAUGUUAGCGCCAGCUACAUAGCAGGCUACUCAGGCGACGUGAAAAAGGAGAUUACGGGGGUGCUCUACCAUGAAUCGACGCACGUAUGGCAGUGGAAUGGGAAUGGUCAAGCCAUCCCAGGUGGAUUGAUUGAGGGCAUUGCAGACUUUGUGAGGUUGAGGGCUGGGUAUGCACCGAGUCACUGGGUUCAGCCAGGUGAAGGAGAUCGCUGGGACCAGGGUUAUGAUGUUACCGCUAGGUUUUUGGAUUACUGUACUAGUUUGAAAGAUGGGUUUGUUGCAGAAUUGAACAACAAGUUAAAGACUGGUUAUAGUGUUAACUACUUUGCUGAUAUCUUGGGGAAGAACGUUGAUCAGCUCUGGGCUGAUUACAAGGCUAAAUAUGGCAAAUAGAAGUCGGUACUCUUGGAUCCAAUAAGUUAAUACUGCCUGAUCUUGUAUAAUUGAAUCAGAUAAAUAAAUUAGUACAUCAAUAACCAUGAACGAAUUGUAGCAUUCAUAUAAUCAUAUUAUCCUUGAUGUUCGCAUGCAGUGGCUAGAGUCAAGAAAUUCUGCUUGCUGCCGUCUAGCAUGUUAUGUUCUGCGAAACUUAAAAUGAAUUCAAAAGAAUUUGGG